ACCAAUCCCAAAAACAGGCGGCGUUCUGGAAUCGUCUGGCGGCGAUGGCGGUAGAGGCAGCGAAGCCAGUGAUGGUGAUCGGAAUCGACGACAGCGAACACGCAGUUGCCGCUCUGGAGUGGACAUUGGACAAAAUUUUUUCUCGAACAGGACGAUUACAACCGUUUAAGCUCGUCGUUGUUCAUGUCAAACCAUCUCCCGACGUCUUCGUCGGCGUCUCCGGACCAGGAAGAAUUGCAGGAUCGGUUGAAACCUACCAAGCUCUGGAUGAUGAUUUGAAGAGAAAAGCUGCGAGAACUAUCGAACUUGCCAGAGAAAUUUGCGCUGCGAAAUCGGUUUUUGAUGGUGAAUUCGAGGUUGAAGAAGGAGAUGCAAGGUAUGUACUGUGCGAGGCGGCUAAUAAGCACCGGGCUUCAGUGCUUGUAGUAGGAAGCCGUGGCCAUGGAGCUAUU